CUUGAGUCGAGCACCUUGGCUUCAUAUAGCAGCUCGUGAUGAAAGCACAGCGCCUUCUCGUCCUUGCUGUACAUGGGCUGGUUGGCGGGCGCCAUGGCAGACGUCAAGCAGGCAACAGCUCAAGGAUAGAAUCGAAAGCUAUUAGGGUAGAACGCGGGGAGUGGUGCGUGCCGGGGGAAAUGGCAGCGAGGGUGGAAGUUUUAGGUCUUGUUCAAGGGUCCGGCGCGUCAACAGCCUGACUCGCUUAGACCUGGACGCGUCUUCCAGAGUCCAAGCACGCCCAACACCACCACCUCCACCCAACACGAAACAGCGACGCGACAUCGCGCCUACCCGCCGUCCAUCAUGCCGCCCACCGAGACCUCCAUCCUGUCCAAUUUCCUCCUCCCCGCUGCGCCCCUCCCCAACAUCCUGACCCUCCGCCAGUUCACCGACCUCUUCCCACGCGCGCACCAGUCCAACCCUGCCAUCCCGCUCCUCUACCGCGAGUUACAGCAUCAACGCGCCAUCGAUACGGACGACGUGCGACGCAACAUCGCCGCAGAGGCCAAGCGUGGCGAGCGGCAGAAACGCGAAGUCGCGCGCGCACGGCGCCGGUCCGAAAAGGCCGAGUACGAGAGCCUCACGGGCGCUCAGCAGACAGACGUGAGAAUGGAGCAGGAGUUGUUUGGCCGCACAGGCAACGCGCCGGGAGCCAAGCCGCAUACGCUCGAGUCGAUGUUGCGGGAUAUGGAUGAGGCGGGGAAGAGCAUCGAGGAAGAAAUUGAGGAGCUGGAGGAAGAAUCCCAGGCCGUGCUAGCGGAUAUCAAAACCAUCGUGGGUGAUCUCAGCGACCUGAAAUAUGGACGCUUCAGUAAACCGGCGGCCGGAGGCGAGGAGCUGGGUCCCGAGACAGUCGAGACGCUCAAACAACUGAGGGCUGUUUGUCAGGAAAUUGACACGGAAUGAAUGGCGAAUCUGUGCCUGAUUCUCCGUUCAGACCCAACUACUCCACGUGACGAGUCUGUCGAGGCAUCUUAGUCUCUCAUUAUGGAAAACUGCUUAUACAGACGCUUUGAAUGGCCGAAAGUCGCUUCGAUAUCAGCACCAUACUAACGUUGGACCUGCUGCCCCAAGUCACCUCAUAAACGAAUGUCAGUAUGUCCCAAUGAUAGAAUCUCCUUUCGAUAAGAGUUUAGAGUUUGAAUGUAGCUAAGAUGCCUAUAGAGUACAGAUGGUCCUCGAUCGCUUCUAGACGUACGAAAUAUGGCCGACUUGUUAGACGGUGCACGCCUGACAGUGAGGGUCUGUCAUCAGCUUGUCACAGUCCAUCGAACCAACACGUCCCGGACAAGCAAGAAAGGCCAAAACUCCAAGAGUAAAAAGGUCGGCUCAACAAGAAUCACAACAGCAAAAAAAAAAAAAAAAAAAAAAACCCUGCAUAA